AUCCACGCACCCCGAGCGCCCCUUCUUCCCGGAGCAGCAGCGGAGAAGGCGAAGCGGCCGGCGGGGGCGAGGCAGAUGGGGCUCAAGGCGCGCAGGGCGGCGGGGGCGGCUGGCGGCGGCGGCGACGGGGGCGGCGGCGGCGGGGCCGCUAACCCGGCCGGAGGGGACGCGGCGGCGGCCGGCGACGAGGAGCGGAAAGUGGGGCUGGCGCCCGGCGACGUGGAGCAAGUCACCUUGGCGCUCGGGGCCGGAGCCGACAAAGACGGGACCCUGCUGCUGGAGGGCGGCGGCCGCGACGAGGGGCUGCGGAGGACCCCGCAGGGCAUCGGGCUCCUGGCCAAGACCCCCCUGAGCCGCCCGGUCAAGAGGAACAACGCCAAGUACCGACGCAUCCAAACUUUGAUCUACGACGCCCUCGAGAGACCGCGGGGCUGGGCGCUGCUCUACCACGCGCUCGUGUUCCUGAUUGUCCUGGGAUGCUUGAUUCUGGCCGUGCUGACCACGUUCAGGGAGUACGAGACUGUUUCGGGAGACUGGCUGCUAUUACUGGAAACAUUUGCUAUUUUCGUCUUUGGAGCCGAGUUUGCUUUGAGGAUCUGGGCUGCCGGAUGUUGCUGCCGAUACAAAGGCUGGCGAGGAAGACUGAAGUUUGCCAGGAAGCCCCUGUGCAUGCUGGACAUCUUCGUGCUGAUCGCCUCCGUGCCGGUGGUUGCCGUGGGAAACCAGGGCAAUGUGCUGGCCACCUCGCUGCGCAGCCUGCGCUUCCUGCAGAUCCUGCGCAUGCUCCGCAUGGACCGCAGGGGCGGCACGUGGAAGCUCCUGGGCUCCGCCAUCUGCGCCCACAGCAAAGAGCUCAUCACCGCCUGGUACAUUGGGUUCCUGACGCUCAUCCUUUCUUCGUUUCUUGUCUACCUGGUUGAGAAAGACGUUCCCGAGGUGGAUGCACAGGGAGAAGAGAUGAAGGAGGAAUUCGAGACCUAUGCAGAUGCCCUCUGGUGGGGCCUGAUCACACUGGCCACCAUUGGCUACGGAGACAAGACGCCCAAAACGUGGGAGGGCCGCCUGAUUGCAGCCACCUUUUCCUUAAUCGGCGUCUCCUUUUUUGCCCUUCCAGCGGGCAUCCUGGGGUCGGGGCUGGCACUCAAGGUACAGGAGCAGCACCGGCAGAAGCACUUUGAGAAAAGAAGGAAGCCGGCCGCUGAACUCAUUCAGGCUGCCUGGAGGUAUUAUGCUACCAACCCAAACAGGAUUGAUCUUGUGGCAACGUGGAGGUUCUAUGAAUCGGUCGUCUCUUUUCCGUUCUUCAGGAAAGAACAACUGGAAGCUGCAGCCAGCCAAAAGCUGGGUCUCUUGGAUCGGGUUCGCCUUUCUAAUCCUCGUGGUAGCAAUACUAAAGGAAAGCUAUUUACCCCUCUGAAUGUAGAUGCCAUAGAAGAAAGUCCUCCUAAAGAACCAAAGCCUGUUGGCUUAAACAAUAAAGAACGCUUCCGCACCGCCUUCCGCAUGAAAGCCUACGCUUUCUGGCAGAGCUCUGAAGAUGCUGGGACAGGUGAUCCCAUGGCAGAAGACAGGGCCUACGGGAAUGACUUCCUCAUCGAAGAGAUGAUCCCCACCCUGAAGGCCGCCAUCCGAGCCGUCAGAAUUCUACAAUUCCGUCUCUAUAAAAAAAAAUUCAAGGAGACUUUGAGGCCUUACGACGUGAAGGAUGUGAUUGAGCAGUAUUCUGCAGGACAUCUCGACAUGCUUUCCAGGAUCAAGUACCUUCAGACAAGAAUAGACAUGAUUUUCACCCCUGGACCUCCGUCUACCCCAAAACACAAGAAGUCUCAGAGAGGGGCAGCGUUCACCUACCCAUCCCAGCAAUCUCCCAGGAAUGAACCGUACGUAGCCAGAACAUCCACAUCAGAAAUCGAAGACCAAAGCAUGAUGGGGAAGUUUGUGAAAGUUGAAAGACAGGUUCAUGACAUGGGAAAGAAACUGGACUUCCUCGUGGAUAUGCACAUGCAGCACAUGGAAAGGCUGCAGGUGCACGUCACGGAGUACUACCCGACCAAGGGCACCUCCUCGCCGGCCGACGUGGAGAAGAUGGAGAACAACCGAGAUUCUGAUUUGAGAACCAUCAUCUGCAACUAUUCGGAGACGGGCCCCCCCGAGGCCCCCUACAGCUUCCACCAGGUGCCCAUUGACAAAGUUGGCCCCUACGGGUUUUUUGCCCAUGACCCAGUGACCCUUCCCCGAGGGGGACCCAGUUCGGGAAAGGUCCAGGCGACGCUUUCCUCCUCAGCAACGUCGUAUGCAAAAAGGCCCACUGUCCUGCCUGUCUUGACUCUUCUCGACUCCCGAGUGAGCUAUCACUCCCAGGCUGAACUGCAUGGCCCCUGCUCGGACCGGGUCUCCCCUCGGCAGAGACGGAGCAUCACGCGGGACAGUGACACGCCCCUGUCCCUGAUGUCGGUCAACCACGAGGAGCUGGAGAGGUCUCCGAGUGGCUUCAGCAUCUCCCAAGACAGAGACGAUUACGUGUUUGGCCCCAACGGGGGGUCGAGCUGGAUGAGGGAGAAACGUUACCUCGCCGAGGGUGAGACAGACACGGACACGGACCCCUUCACACCCAGUGGCUCCCUGCCUCUGUCAUCCACAGGGGACGGGAUUUCUGAUUCCGUAUGGACCCCUCCCAACAAGCCCAUUUAAAAGGGGUCAGGGGCUGCGUCCUCCUUGUAAUGUAGACACACGUUGUACGGCUCACUUGCUCUCACAGCCGACACUUAGCAGUGAGACCACCAGUGGCUGCGUGAAACACAUGCAUGUGCGCGGCGGCCUCCCACCGGGCAGGGCCUUCUUCCUCCCCAGGUCACCACAGGGAAGCCGCUUCCUUUUCAGCAUGGUUUGCAUGACUUUACAAUAUAUAAAUGGUACCGCUAA